CUAAAUGUUAGCGGGCGGGGCUCUUUCUUUCUGGCCCCUCCCUCGCAUAGUGAGGGCGCUGACGUAGCCACUCGAGGGUAGCAACAGUUGCCUCGAGACCCCGUCGCGCCAUAGUGACUGUAGCCGUGGAGACAGUUACUUACCAACGGGCGCAACACUCAGCAACAGCAGCAGCAGCAGCAGCAUCUGAAAGUCACCGAGCGAGUGGGAGAGAGGAAAAGAGAGCAGAGCAAGGGCAGAACUUUUCUCAAGGCGAAGCAUGCAGAACUCCGAGGGAGGGUCAGACACUACGGCCAGUGUGGCAACACUCCGGACGUCAUCAUCAGCCCAGGCUCCUGUGGUACAGCCUGUCCCAGCCUCCCAGCAGAGGGUGCUGGUUCAAGCCACAGGCUCAGCUCAGAAGGGAGGACAAGUACAACAGCUUUCAGUACCCAGGGUUCAACAGGUCCCUCAGCAGCAGGUGCAGCAGGUUCAACAUGUCUAUCCACCCCAGGUUCAAUAUGUCGGAGAAAGUGGAGACGCUGUUUACACCAAUGGAACUAUCCGAACGGCCUACUCCUACAACCCCGAGGCUCAGUUGUACGGGCAAAGCAGCGGGGGAACUUACUUUGAUUCUCAGGCUGGUGGGACUCAUGUCACCACAGUGGUUUCCUCUGCCAGUGGUGGGGUGCCCCCUCAUGGCAUGGUGGGAAUCGCCAUGGACGUGGGCAGCAGCCACAUCAUCUCCAGUGGCAGCACCUACCUGAUCCAUGGAGGAAGCAUGGAGGGAAGCCGCAACCACAUCUCACACUCAUCACGCUCCUCCUCAGCUAUGCUUGAAAUGGCGAUUGAAAACCUCCAAAAGUCUGAAGGAAUUGCAAGUCACAAAAGCAGCCUGCUCAACAGCCAUCUGCAGUGGCUGCUGGACAACUAUGAGACAGCGGAGGGAGUUAGCCUGCCCCGGUGCUCCCUGUAUAACCAUUACUUGCGACACUGUCAGGAACAGAAACUGGAUCCGGUCAACGCGGCUUCCUUCGGCAAACUCAUCCGCUCAGUCUUCAUGGGCCUGAGGACUCGCCGCCUUGGCACCAGAGGCAACUCCAAGUAUCAUUACUAUGGCAUCCGGGUGAAGCCAGACUCACCGCUCAACCGGCUGCAAGAGGACACACAGUACAUGGCCAUGAGGCAGCAGCCUGUCCACCAGAAACAGAGGUUCAAACCCCUGCAGAAGGUUGAUGGCAUGUCUGACAGCCUGUGUGGGAGCUCUCAGAACUGUAACAGCACUCCAGAGCAGUCUGUGGCUGCUCAGAGCCAACACCACCAGCAGUACAUAGAUACAUCCCACAACCUGCCUCCGUUUCCCUCUCCUGACUUGGGCACUCAGCCUCUGCCUGAGCGCAUCAACGUGAACGAUAUCAAGAAACUGCAGACGCUCUACAGAGAUCACUGUGAGGCUACUUUGGAUGUGGUGAUGAACCUCCAGUUCCAUUUUAUUGAGAAACUGUGGCAGACCUUUUGGUAUUCAACAGUGCCAUCUAGUGACGGAAAUACAAGCCUCAAUAACAGUGAUGAUGACAUGGAAGGUGUGAUUCCCAGAGAGAAGCUUGUCGCUCUGUGCAAAUAUGAACCAAUCCGACUAUGGAUGAGGAGCUGUGAUCACAUCCUCUACCAGGCUCUAGUGGAGAUCCUUAUUCCUGAUGUCCUGCGUCCUGUUCCCAGCACUCUCACUCAAGCCAUCCGUAACUUUGCCAAGAGUCUGGAGGGCUGGCUGACUAACGCCAUGACCAGCUUUCCACAAGAGAUAAUCCGCACCAAGGUGGCCGUGGUCAGUGCCUUUGCCCAGACUCUGAGACGUUACACCAGCCUGAACCACCUGGCCCAGGCAGCCCGGGCUGUCCUCCAGAACACCUCCCAGAUCAACCAGAUGCUCUCCGACCUCAACAGGGUGGACUUUGCUAAUGUCCAGGAGCAGGCGUCUUGGGUGUGUCAGUGUGAUGAGAGUGUGGUCCAGCGUCUGGAGCAGGACUUUAAAGUCACCCUGCAGCAGCAGAGCUCUCUGGACCAGUGGGCUACCUGGCUGGACAACGUGGUGUCUCAGGUGCUGAAGCCUCACCAGGGCAGCCCGAGCUUCCCCAAAGCUGCACGCCAGUUCUUACUCAAAUGGUCUUUUUACAGCUCCAUGGUGAUCAGAGACCUCACUCUGCGAAGUGCUGCCAGUUUUGGCUCUUUCCACCUGAUCCGCCUUCUUUAUGACGAGUACAUGUUUUACCUGGUGGAGCAUCGUGUCGCUCAGGCCACUGGAGAAACUCCUAUUGCUGUCAUGGGGGAGUUCAGUGACCUGAGCUCGAUGAUGCCAUCGCUCUUGGAAAAAGGUAAGUCUUUACUUAUUGUUACAGAGCUAUCAUACUCUCACCAAGCCUUUCCCGAACGCAAGCGAAAUCUGAAAAUCCUCUGA